UUUCUUUGUUCCAGAAGUUGCAGAAGCUGAGCUUUGACGAUUUCGUCGAAAUCUACGAAAUUAUGGCUUCAUUUGUGUUACGGGUUCUUUCUUUGACUUUAGGAAUAUUUUUCAUUUUCAUUGGAACAUUGAAAUUGUCACCGUCCAUCAAUGAUGAACUAUACAGGCAAAUGAGAAAAUCAUUUAUCAAGAGUGCCAAGGUAUUUCCAUUUGCAAAACUAACAGGAUGGAGACCAAACCCACAUACAUACAGGAAAAUAUUUGGUGGAUCAGAAAUUGUUUGUGGAGUGAUACUAGUAGCCAUACCCGGUCCUGUAAAAGAUGCAGUAAAUGUUGUGAUGCUGAUGCUGAUGCUUUUGGAUGUGUAUUCACACUGGGCGUUAGAUGAAGGCCUUGACAAAAUGAGCCUGUCCAUUGUGUUCCUGUUACUGCUCACAUGCAGACUAAUUGUCUACCUUCAGAACAAGUUACGUAAUAUGGAUGAGGACAAAGAUCGAUGCAGAAAAAAUAUUAAGGAAAACGUGGGAGAAACUGCUAAGAAAACAGUAACUGAAGUAAAAAAAGACCAGUAAAUUGAUAUAGAAAAAUCAGUCCCUACUAAUAUUAUCAAGGUCAUGUUCAAAUACCAUCAUAAAUAAUUUAUUUGAAGGGAUAUUCCGCACAAGUUGUAAAAUUUCUGGUUUAUCAGAGGAAGUCUUUCUAAAGACAUUUAAAACUAUUGUCAGAAAAUCUUUCCUGAGGUCACAUUAGACAAGGAAAUUAGUGGGAUUUUUCCAAUCAAAUAUAAGAUUAGACCAUCUCAAUAUAGUGUAUGGGGGAGUCUGUAACUGAAGGCUCAUUGGAUGGUAUAUUUUAUGCAAAGUAUUAUUUAAAUUUCUGCUGUGAUUGCAAUUUAAUUGCUUCAUUAGGCUUAUUUCCUUCUAGUUUUAUAAUGUACACUAAUAUUUCCUACAGUUCGACUAAAACAACUAUUAUAAUGAAAAACCUGUUAUGAUGCAGUCAGGGCCAGUCUAGCUAGAUCGAUAAAGAAUUUCCACGAAUUAAUUAUGAUGUUUGUUUAUAUUGUAAAUUGAGGUGCCAAUUUCCAUAAGAACAAAGAUGCCUCUGUACAUUCUAUAUAUGUAUUGGUUUUUAAAACCUAACUUGUGCGAAAUACCCCUAUAAGGAAGAAAAGUUUUAAUAGUUUCUUUUGUACCAUUUCAGUAGAAGCUGCAAUGAUCUCUAUAGGGCAGUAAUCUCAACAUGUAUGUAGAGGUUACAAAACAAGUGGUUGUAUAGCUUGUGUUUUUUUUGUAACUUUUGAAAAAUAACUAACUCCAACAUUCAAGAGUUUGUGCGACCUGUUUUUACCACAAUAGAAAAGCUAUUCUGAGAGUGAAUGGAAUUUUACCAUAUCAGUUGGGUGGAAGGAUAUGACCUUAGUAAAAUGUCACUAAUUAAUAUGCAAAACUGACAUUUUUGAAAAUAUAUGUAGAUAUUACAAUUACCAUUAAUCAUACCAAAUAUAAGUAGCAAGUUUAUGAGCUCACCUGGCCCAAAGGGCUGGUGAGCUUAAAUUAAGUCAGAAACAUCCUUUGGGAAAGGGGAACAGAUUUUGCAUAACUGGUGACUCUGACCCCCCUGGGGCAAAAGGGAUGGGGUCCAAUAGAGGAAAUAGAAGCAAGUCCUUAAUGGCUACUUGUAUUUUUGAAAUCAUUGAGAUCCCCACCCCUUAACCAUAUAUAGCAUUUUUGGGGAUAAAAAGAUAAACACAAUCCUGAUGUAAAAAGAGGCCCAGGGGUCUUUCUCCAGCCCAAGGGACUUUAUUUCUUCGAACACAAUUAUUUUAAAAACAAUCCCUUGGGUCUUUUCACACCGCUAGCAAGUCUGGACUUAGUUUCUGGGUUAUGUCCUUAAAGCAGUUGGGAUCCCAAUGCCAUAACUAUAUAUAGCAUUGUUCAACAUCAACAAAUAAAGCUAUUAAUGAAUUGAACACAACACAUUAUUUUGAUGUUUGGCCAAAUUCAACCAGGUGAGUGAUACAGGCCCUCUGUGCCUCAUGUUAUUUUUCAAAGCAACAAUUUGAUAGAAAUCAACACAAAAACAAAAUUGCUAUCCCAAAAACAAUGGUGAACUGCUUUUUGUGUGUCACUAUUCCGAGGACCCAGUGAAGCAGCCUUCAAGUGUUGGCCAUUCAAAAUGCAUUGAACAACAUCAAAGAUCUUUGUAUCAACCAAUCAAAAUGCAGUUAAGAGUUUAUUCCACGUGUUAUUCAACAUUUGUAAUGAUUAUUUGAUGUCUUGGUUGUUAAAUAACAUCCAUUUAUUGUGGUAGAAAAUAUAUUACCCAAUAAAUGAUAUUUAAGACUUUAUGUGCAAUUUUUUUUAGUGUUUAAAAAGGAUGACAAAUAGUACAUGUUCAUUUGUUUAUAUUGGCAUUUUACACCAAAUAGCUGCAGCAUUAGUGUACUGAUUAUUGACUGUUCCCUAACAUGUUGUUUGGUAAAAAAGACCUGUUUUCUUGGUUUUAAAUUCUUUUUACAAUUUUCUAACAUUCUGGAUAUGCUGUCUCAGUCUGUCAAAAUUAUAUACAUUAUAUAUAUAUAUAAAGCUGUGUGUAUGAAAUGAAUGUAUUAUUGGAAUCAAUACCUCGUGUAUUUGUGAUUGUCUAACUAUGAAUGCUUGUUGUAACAGUUAAGGGAGUACUGUAAGGUGUGUAAUUUGUGAUUAGUUCAUUCAGUUAUCACACAUGUAACCAUAUAACUUUCUACUAAUACCAUUACUUACUUAUAGCUUUGUUUUUAUGAUGAUAUUCAUUCCUCAUCCUACCCCAAACUUCACUAUAGCCCAAGUUUCCUCUGGUGUCCAUACGGUGUCAGGGCCGGAGGAAACUCAGGCUAACUUCACCAGUAAGGAGUUGGUACUUUAUACUUUCUGAACAUUAUAAUUGCACUAAGUCUUCUUAUAAUUGUUAUCUUCCAAAUCCAUUGAUGCUUUUUAAUUCUCUAAUAGCCUGAUACUGGCUAUAAAUCCUUCACAAUUAUGAUACAGACUAUUUUCUUGUGUUUCAAACUAUUGACUCAGUUUGGUUGAGUUUUGCUUGCUCAUAAAAUGGUUAGUAUUUGGACCAAGUUUCUGAUUCCUGUGUUAUCAAUCUGACAAACUGGUUGUUUCCAAUAUUUAUAAUUGGUGAAAUAAGUGUAAUAAUACUAAGGAACAAGCUAUUUUUCAAAUGGGGAAUUUAAACUAGAUCUUGUACUACCCUGUACACACAUAUAAUGGACUUUGUCAUAACUAAUGCACAAUAAAUGUUAUAGAAUUCA